AUGGUGUUGGGAUCACGGAAGUUGAAGAUAUUCGUUGCCUCCACAGGGACUUGAAACCAGAAAAUCUACUGCUGGAUGAAAAGAACAACAUCCGGAUAGCAGACUUCGGGAUGGCCUCGCUGCAGGUUGGCGACAGCUUGUUAGAAACCAGUUGCGGAUCGCCACAUUAUGCUUGUCCUGAAGUUAUCCGGGGAGAAAAAUACGAUGGGAGGAAGGCAGACGUCUGGAGCUGCGGAGUCAUUUUAUUUGCGUUGCUAGUGGGUGCCCUGCCUUUCGACGACGACAACUUGCGGCAACUGUUGGAGAAGGUGAAACGUGGAGUGUUCCACAUGCCACACUUCAUCCCUCCGGACUGUCAGAACCUUUUGCGGGGGAUGAUUGAAGUGGAUGCCUCGAAACGUCUCACGCUAGAACAUAUUCAGAAACACAUAUGGUAUAUAGGGGGUAAGAACGAGCCAGAACCAGAGCAACCAAUCCCUCGAAAGGUGCAGAUUCGUUCUCUCCCUUCCUUGGAGGAUAUUGAUCCAGACGUGUUAGAUAGCAUGCACUCGUUAGGCUGCUUCCGUGACCGAAAUAAACUCUUACAGGACUUGUUGUCGGAAGAAGAAAACCAAGAGAAAAUGAUUUAUUUUCUUCUACUUGACCGAAAGGAGAGGUAUCCUAGUCAUGAAGAUGAGGAUCUUCCCCCUAGAAAUGAAAUAGAUCCCCCCAGGAAGCGUGUGGACUCCCCAAUGCUGAACAGGCAUGGGAAGCGGCGGCCGGAGCGGAAGUCGAUGGAGGUUCUCAGCGUGACAGACGGCGGCUCCCCGGUCCCUGCUCGCAGAGCUAUCGAAAUGGCACAGCACGGACAGAGGUCUCGGUCAAUCAGCGGAGCGUCGUCUGGGCUCUCCACCAGUCCUCUCAGCAGUCCAAGGGUCACCCCUCACCCCUCUCCAAGGGGAAGUCCCCUCCCUACCCCCAAGGGGACACCUGUCCAUACGCCAAAGGAGAGCCCAGCAGGCACACCCAACCCAACACCACCAUCCAGCCCCAGCAUUGGAGGAAUGCCAUGGAGGACACGGCUCAAUUCCAUCAAGAAUAGUUUCCUGGGGUCUCCUCGCUUCCAUCGCAGGAAAUUGCAAGUACCUACACCAGAGGAGAUGUCUAAUUUAACCCCGGAAUCAUCCCCAGAGCUUGCCAAAAAAUCCUGGUUCGGUAACUUCAUCAACUUGGAGAAAGAAGAACAGAUUUUUGUGGUCAUUAAGGACAAACCACUAAGCUCCAUUAAGGCUGACAUCGUCCACGCUUUCCUCUCGAUUCCAAGCCUCAGUCACAGUGUCAUCUCACAGACAAGUUUCCGUGCAGAAUAUAAGUCCACAGGAGGUCCCGCUGUCUUCCAGAAGCCAGUGAAGUUCCAGGUGGACAUAACAUACACAGAAGGGGGAGAGGCACAGAAGGAAAACGGGAUCUAUUCUGUCACUUUCACACUCUUAUCAGGUCCAAGCCGUCGUUUUAAGAGGGUAGUAGAAACCAUUCAGGCACAGUUGUUAAGCACACAUGACCAGCCUUCAGUGCAGCAGUUAUCAGGUAAGUAGUUUCUACUGUUGAGCACCUUGCUUCAGCAGGGACAGGAAGGUGAAGUGCCUCUCGGUACUGGGAGGCUGUGGGAGGCCGUCCCUCUGAUUACAGCAAGAAACGAGCUCCAUUCAGACAGCGCAGUAACUCCCCGCACGCACCCUGCUCCUCCCUCUCUCAUUCCCACUCCAGUGCUCCCGGCGCAUUCCCCAGUUAACAGCUUCUGCCCUCCUCCCGCCC